GAAUGGAUGGGGAAACUGAGCCCACGGGUACUGCACCCACUGAACAAACGUGCAGCCUCCGUCACCCCGGAAAGAAGAGACGGGAGUCCGGUGCUCCCACGAGGCUCCGCUCGUCCCGUGACCCGCUUCCGAGUCCGUGGAAUCACGUGGGCAUCUGUCAUGUGACAGCCGGCUAUGUUCAUAUCUGGGCGGGCUGCUCGGAGGAGUAGAGAGGGCUGCACUUAGAACACUUGGGAUCAUGAGUGCGGGGGUCCCCGUGUCCGCCGCCCGGCGGGGCCCCAGCCUCGCCUUGACCCUGCUGCUGCUGCUGGGGCUGGGGCUGGACCUGAGCAACGGUGAGGCCUGGGUUCAGGGAGCCCCCAAGGUGGACUUCCAGGAACGAUACUUUGAGCAGAUUUUGGAUCAUUUCAACUUUGAGAGCUACGACAGCGAUACAUUCCUUCAGCGAUUCCUGGUGACAGAAAAGUUCUGGAAGAAGGGAACAGGACCAAUAUUUUUUUACACGGGAAAUGAAGCUGAUGUCUGGGACUUUGCCAAUAACUGCAAUUUCAUUCUGGAGCUAGCAUCAGUUGAGGAGGCUCUGAUCAUAUUUGCUGAACAUCGCUACUAUGGAAAGUCCCUGCCAUUUGGGGUCCACUCCACCAUGAAAGGGAACACAGCCCUGCUUACAGUGGAGCAGGCCUUGGCCGACUUUGCUGUGCUGAUCCAAACCCUGCGAAAGACGUACAAGGCAGAGGACGUGCCUGUCAUCACCUUCGGAGGCAGUUACGGAGGGAUGCUCAGCGCCUACAUGAGGAUGAAGUACCCCAACCUCGUGGCUGGAGCACUGGCUGCCAGUGCUCCUGUGCUGUCCAUCGCCGGCAUUGGGGACUCCAGGCAGUUCUUCAGAGAUGUCACUACGGACUUUGAGAACUACAGCCCCAAGUGUGCCCAGGGAGUGAGGGAAGCUUUCAGACUGAUCAGAGACCUGUACCUACAAGGAGCCUUUGACAGAAUCAGCCUGGAAAUGGGGACUUGCACCCAGCCCUCAAAUGACUCAGCCAUUACGCAGCUGUUUGAGUUUGCCCGAAACGCCUUCACCAUGAUCGCAAUGAUGGACUACCCUUACCCCACUGAUUUCAUGGGCCAUUUUCCAGCAAAUCCUGUUAAGGUGGGGUGUGAUCGGCUACUUGGAGCACAGAAUCAGAUCCAGGGGCUCAGGGACCUGGUUGCUUCUCCCCAUGACACUCACUGGGUUGAGGGUCCGGCCUCCAACACAGAAGAGGGUGUUUCUGGAAGCUGCAAGGCUGUGUUCACAGCGGGAGAAGGGCUGCUUUACAAUGCUUCCGGGACAGAGCCAUGUUAUGAUAUCUACAAACUUUACCAAAAGUGUGCUGACCCCACAGGCUGUGGCACAGGCCCCAAUGCAGAGGCCUGGGAUUAUCAGGCCUGCACUGAGAUCAACCUUACCUUUGACAGCAAUAAUGUAACUGACAUGUUUCCUGAGAUCCCAUUCACCAGUGACCUCCGAGAAAAGUACUGUUUUGCCAGGUGGGGUGUCAGGCCCCGGAAAAACUGGAUGCAGACCAACUUCUGGGGGAAUAAUCUCAAAGCUGCAAGCAACAUCAUAUUUUCAAAUGGAGACCUGGAUCCUUGGGCAGGGGGUGGGAUAAGAAGUAACCUGAGCUUGUCCUUGCUCUCUCUUACCAUCCAGGGCGGAGCUCAUCAUCUAGAUCUCAGAGGGUCCAAUCCAGCAGACCCCAUCUCUGUUAUUGAGGUUCGGAAGCUAGAAGCUGCAUAUAUCCAUGAAUGGGUGAAAGCAGGAAGACAUUAACAGUAACAUGACCUCUAAAACUUGGAACCAGCCGCCAUCAUAUUGUGUGGGACUCUACCUUCAGUGCCAGCCAACAGGAUGAUUUCUAAAGCCAGGCCUAAAGUGGGAGGUUUAGAUGUUCAUUCAUACUCAGGGUUAAACUUUCAAAGUCCUAAGAUUGUGUCAGACAGGGACUACUGCUUGAUAAGCUCAGCCCGCUGUGAUUUUUUGUUUGAUAUUUUGCUUUGUUAACUCCCUGAGCAGUAUUAUCACAAGGCUUGGCACGUGAUCUCCAAUAGUCCUGUGGCAUCUGGGCUGUAAAGAAGUAACUGUACAAAGGGUUCCCUCCUAGCUGUGCUUAACAAAACCUCCCUUCCCUGCUGCUCCCAUACAGCCUGAUAUUCCAUUUUAGGGAAUCUGGGGGAGGAGAGGUGAGUCUUUCCCUUUUUGUAACCUGUAAAAACAGAAAAAAACCACAAAAAAUCCUUAACCUUUACUAGGGUAAGCUUUUUUUUUUUUUGGUGAGGCAGUUGGGGUUAAGUGACUUGCCCGGGGUCACACAGCUAAUGUCAAGUGUCUGAAGCCAGAUUUGAACCCAGGUCCUCCUGAAUCCAGGGCUGGUGUUUUAUCCACUGCACCACCUAGCUGCCCACUAGAGUAAGCUUUUACAUUAUUCUGGUACCCAAAAGAUAAAGGAAUUUGAAGUUAGCCCUGGGUAUCCUCUGCCAGCUCCAUCCCACAAUUGAAAUUGAAAAUUUCUCUCCCCCACUUCUGAAUAACAAAUAGUACCAUGCUGCUACAGCAGCCUAAGCAAGAGUGAGGGUUCAGGACUCAGGAAACAUUUUACCUAAGGCUAAUGGGAAAGGAGUCAUGCCACAUUGUCUCUGUGUAAUGAAGGGCAAUAAAAUUUCACCUGGGUUCUAGCCUGA